UACAAGAGAUGAUAUCCUUCCUGUAUGUAUAAUAUGUAUGGAACCGAACAGUUUAAUCUGAAUUAAGUGUAUAUGUUUAUAGGAUAUGUAAUGAUUGUUUAUAGUAUGUAAUGAAUGUAAAAGCUACAUAACGUGUAUACUAGAAACAAAGAUGGACAAACUUUUGCUUUUAGUAAUUGUGUCCAUUUUAGUCAUUAAUAUUAACUGUAUUCAAGUGUUGUUAGUUUCUAUGGAUGGCUUCAGAUGGGAUUAUUUGACGAAAGUGUCCACUCCAAACUUUGAUCGCCUUGCUCGACAUGGAACUAAAGCCAAAUACAUUAAUAAUACCUUUAUAACGAAGACAUUCCCUAGCCAUUAUUCUAUAGUUACAGGUCUAUAUGAAGAAAGCCAUGGGAUCAUUGGGAAUAAAAUGUAUGAUCCAGUUUUCAACAGCACUUUCAACUUGAGAAAUCACGAAACCAGAUGGUGGAAUGGAGGAGAACCAUUAUGGGUAACUGCACGUCGACAAAACCUUACAAGUGCCACGUAUUUCUGGGCAGGAAGUGAGGCCGAAAUCAGGGGUUACAGACCAAACAUUUGGAUGCCGUAUAAAAAAUCAGUGCCUUUCAAAAAUCGUAUUGAUACUGUUAUAAAAUGGUUGACAGAAAAACAAAUAGAUCUUGUACUUCUAUAUUUCCAUGAACCAGAUGCCACUGGACAUGCAUAUGGUCCCGAUUCACCACAGACAAGGGACAAGGUUAAAGAUAUGGAUGAGAUUUUAGGAUAUCUUUUGGAUAAGUUUGAGUCACUCAAUCUUUGGAACAACGUGAAUAUGAUAGUUACUAGCGAUCAUGGAAUGACAACUAUAGAUACGACUAGUAAAGUAGUUGACAUUACAGAUCAUGUGGACAUGAGCAAAAUACAGUUUACUGUGGACAAAGGUCCAAUAAUGCAAGUCCAACCUAUUUUAGGACAGAUAGAUAAUGUUGUCCGAAGUCUGCGGAAAGUUUCACAUAUUUCAGUUUUCAAGAAGGAAGAAAUACCAGACCACUGGCACUACAGAAACAAUAGACGCAUCAUGCCAGUAUUUCUGCUUGCCGAAGAAGGAUGGUCAAUCACAAAAAACAAAACAUUAGCAUCCUUGUAUCGUGGGAGAGGCGCACAUGGUUAUGACAACCGUCUAAAUAGUAUGAAACCAAUAUUUCUGGCUAGAGGUCCAAAUAUCAAAGAAAAUUAUAUAUCAGACACAUUCAGAAGUAUCGAUAUCUAUUCAACGAUCUGUCACAUACUGGGAAUAAAACCAGCACCAAACAAUGGCAGUCUAACAGUAACUUCAAGUUUUCUUGUAGCGACGAAAGGUAGUAAUGCUGCGAAUGUGAACAUUGUUUCAUUCUUGACAUUAAUUUUGUGUACACUACUAAAAAUAUUAGGAGCUUUUAGUUGUUAGACAAUGAUUAGGAAUUACCUGUUGUUUCCAUAUUUUACAAUAUUUUUUUUUGUUAUCUGAACUGCGAGACAUAAUUAUUGCUUGCAUAACUUGUAUAAAGAGCAGCGUCGAAAUCAAGGAACAAAAUAUAUCUACACGGUUCCUUGAAGUCAAUUCAUAAUUUCUAGGAAAGUCUGCAAAUCUACGUUUAUUGUUUGAAAUACAUAGCCUUUAAUUUUGUAAGGUUUUUCAUCAGAAGCAUAUUGAACGUUUGGUGUAAAACUCUAUUUAAAAUUCAAAAACAUAUUUUUUGAAACGUAUGAGUUUUGGUUAAAUUCAAUAUCGUUUGUAUAAACAUUUAAUAUAUUUAAAGUAAAACGAGGACUACAUAAAGAUAGAUUGUUAGAAAAUUUCACAUUGUCAGUUGUGUAUAUUUCUACGUAUAUAGUAAACUGAUGGAUUUAAGGUGUUGGUGGGUCAGUGCUUGGGUUGUCUUGUCUCCUGCACUGGUUAUUAAACAAAGGUCCAGAGUAUUCUCCAGCUUGACAUACUCUAAGUUGUGUCCUUCCAAAAUUUACACAGCGCCCUCCAAUUCGUCGUGUUCGGUACUGUAAAUACGACAGACAGCAAUGUGAAUAAAAAAAACUAACGAUACAAUCAAUACACACAUAAUUAAGACUUCAAGACAGAAACUUGUAAUCCGGACGUUAUCGUUGAUUGUUGUUUACCAUAAAUGAGUUUUGUUUAUUGUUUUAAUUUUCGUCUGAUCGUUGGUUUUUGAUGAGACCGUCGUAAAACUGAGAGGUUUAGCGCUAUUAAACCAGGUUAAAUCCACCAUUUUCUACAUUAGAAACUGCCUGUACCAAGUCAGGAAUAUGACAGUUGUUGUCCAUUCGUUUGAUGUGUUUUGUCAUUUGAUUUUGUCAUGUGAUUAGGGACUUUUCGAUUGAAUUUUAUUCGGAGAUCAGUAUUUUUGUGAUUUUACUUUUUUUCUAUUUUGAAUUGUUUCACAUACUGUCAUACCUGAUAUUAUAGGUUAUUAUACAGUAAAAGUUUUGUUUUAUUCUUGAAAUCCGUACGCGACAAUAUGUUGUUUUCAUCGUUGUCCUUUAUGUCUAUGAAUACAUGUCUCGUUUGCAAUCAUAUUGCAUCUCCUUAUUUUAUUUUUUAUAUUUGCAACACAUGUAAUUUAAUUUAAUUUUGGAUGUAACGCGUCUUUUGAUUGGCUGACGCUAUUUUGUUAUCAGCCCAUAGACAUUACUUAGUCAUGUGACCAUGACGUCAUCAACGCUUUUUCAUGGUUUUCUAUGGUUUAAAAUGAAAUUUAGAAUUAAAGUAUAAGAAAUGACUGUAAUAUUUUUUCUGUCUAUUCGAAAUAACAUAAAAAAUGUAGUGCACACUGUUAAAUAAACCGCUACGCGUGUUAUUCAGUGUGCAGCAAUUAUUUUAUGUUAUUUCUUCAUAGACAGAACAAAUAUUACAGUCAUUCCUUAAAUAAUAUAAAUAGAGUGCAUUUUUAGCUACAUUCUUAAAUUUGACAGAUAUAACGUUUAGUUUUUUCGUUCAAAUUGUUUUACCUGGUCAUUUAUGGGCCUUUUAUAGCUUACAAUGCAGUAUGUGCUUUGUUCAUUGUUGAAGGCCGUACGGUGACCUAUAGUUGAUAAUUUCUGUGUCAUUGUGGUCUCUUGUGGAGAAUUAUCUCAUUGGCUAUCAUACCACAUCUUUUUUUAUAUAUAUAGAUCCGGUUUUAAUCAGAGCCUAAUUAUCUCUUUUGUACCUCAGCAGAAGUUUUUAGAUAUGUUACUGACGUUUUUUUCAUAUCCAGUUAAGGUGUUGUCUAUGCUUUUCUAUCAUUCACAUAUUGGUUGUUUCAUAUGUUAUUCUUGUUAAUAAAGAACCAUAAUUUUUUU